UCCGGGGUCAAAGGACAGGCAAAAUGGCUGCCCAGUACGUCCGAAUUGUAUGCCUACUACUCGCUCGCAUACAUAAAUAACGUACUAAAUUGACGGUUGAGUAGUACGUUCUAAACGAAGCUAGUAUGUACUGACUAUUCGGAUGCAGCCUUAGUUUCAUACCUAGGGAUAUUUGUUACACUCGAUUGCUUAGCUUGGCAGUAGGGUUUGGUUCAUACACCAAACGCACUGAUGUCAGCCCAUAGACAUGGGCAUUCAUGACAGUGAUUCAGUAGAAACGGUUGAUCUCUGCGUGUAAUUCGACUACAAAUUGUUGGCUUAACCUGCAAAUAUGACUCUCAGUCUGACACCAGCGGCCGUUUGUCAGUGCUUCACCCUGGUGUCCCUGUGCACUUCCAUCGCUGAUCCGAACUGGAUCGAGGUCCGGAACACCUCCGAUCCCAGUGGCAGGCAGCUCAUCUAUGGAGUGGCGUUCACUCUGCACGCUGCGCAGAAUCUGACCGACACAGGUCCCCUGGGCGGGUCUAAUGGCCUGGGUUUGUGGCUGCUGUACGCUCUGGCUGGGGUGUGUUAUGGUACGGUCCUCCUCUCGAGCUCCUCUUUCCUGCUGGACUUCCUGGGCAUCGGUACUGCUCACCCCAGGCUGAUUGGCGCACUUCAUGUUUGCACAGCUGUGCUGUCCGUGGCUAUCCUGGGGGUGUUCAGCGCCUGCAUGUUCGUCAUCUCGCGCAACCUGCAGAAGCUGCUGGCGCCGGCGACGAGCUCCGCGUCGGCCGCCAAGCAGACCCUGGAGCCGCACGUGGGCGAGAGCCUGUUCAUAGCCAUGCUCGGCAUCUUCUUCUCCUGUUCGGCCGCCGCGUUCAGCCUGUGCAGCCAACCAGAGACGGGCGGCGCGUCGUCAAGGGACUACGCGGUCAUCGAAGAGGGUGCGGACACCGAGCCCCUGAUGUGCGGAGCUGAGAGGGGGGAGUGUGUAGGGGAGGCGUCGCCUGACUAAUCGCGGCCAAUAAAAAAGCAGAGCCUCAGUCACACCCACUAAUGAAGGAAGUGCCUGCAGCGGGAGGACUAUGAUGUUGGUGGAGGCCAGAGGGAAAGUCUGAGCACCAAAGAUGUGACUGAGAGACUGUAAAGCACUGAUCCCACCACCUCUGGUCUCAUCUGGGCUGCCUAGAAAAUGUCCCCAUUUCCAAGGGCCCAGAGAAGAACUUGUAUUGUAUUUGGUUUUGUUACUUGACUACCUUUUCAUGGUUAACGUGUUAUGUCCUGUGUUUUAAUUUUUGGUGUUUUAAAACCCCAAUAUUGGUGUUUUUAAAUGGUAAGUCAGAGCCAGUUGCUCUUUGGACCAACACUUCAAUGUAGUUGAAGCACAAAUGUUUAACAAGUCACCACAAACAUGGUUUUGUUUUUUUAUUCAAAUAUUUUCCGCAUGUUUCCAUGACGUAUCAUGGUUCAAGGGGACCUUAAGCAUUUUUGGAAGAUUUGGAGUACAAACGGAAUAUUAUUGACGUUACAAAUGUCUGGUACAUUUUUAGAAAUUUACCUUGUAAACAUAAUUUGCACUGGAAGCCAUUCAAUAGUUAAGUUACUGAUCUUGAAAACAAUUAGAUUGUUUCCUGAGAUCUGAAGAGUUUUAUGACACAGUCUUUUUUAGGGAAGGCAUUAAGCAGUUUUAUUUCCCAAAGAAGGCCAAGUCAUUUCAUUCAAACAUCACCAUGUCUAAAUUCUAUGCAGUCCUUCAGACAUUAUUGCACAAGUGAUUAGGGGCAGUAUCGGCGCCCAGUGUUAUUAUUUUUCUAUUGACAUUUUUACCGUUAUUAUAUUUUAAAAGUUGCAAUGCCUGUUUUACUGUGACACCUGUACACUGUUCAAUACCAGGUUCCUUUAUGAAGGAGAUACAGUGACUUCAAGUUUAUCUUACAGUCUUUUGAAAAGACUCACAGGCUUCAGGGACAAACUUGAUUAAUUACUGAAGAUUCUGUAAACAUCCUUUGCAUGGCAUUAAUGAUUAACCAAGUGUGUCAGUACUUUUAAUACAUGCACACAGCAACAAGUGUUUUAUGGACCAAAACCUAGUUUUGUGAUCUUUUUAACAGCAGGAGAGUGUGUAAUCAUUUGCAUGUGUCUGUCCUUAUGAUUACAUUUGCAUGUUUUUCUUCUAUAACAUCAUGUUGCAUCAUAUUUAACAUCUUUGCAGUUAGUGUUUUUAUUGACACACAAAAGCUUUGACUUAACACUAAUUAAGAUCAGAAACCUGUAACAGUUACUGGUUUUGAAUAAGUCCCGAUUAUUAUAUGAUACUAUUUAUAUGAGAUUCAUUGUAGAUCAGUCUUUCAAUUAGCAGUGAUUCACGAUGCAACAACGGCGCUACAGGUUUAGUAGUGAAUCACGCCAGCUGCAUCCAGUUGGCCUGUUUACAUUUGCCGUUUUCGAAUUGGAUGAAUCAAUACUAGUGACGUCUAGUGUUAAUAUACGAUCUGUGCAGUGUUACUGAUGAGUGAUUUUGCAGUCCAUAGUGUACCGUCUGAAUGUUUUCAGCUGAUCUGCCUAUAGCUGGUUCCUCAUAUCAGAAAUGAAAGCUAGGUAUUAAAGUUUGACUGGUGCAUGUCCUUGUGUUCCACCCUGUUAUUCUGACCACAGCUGAUUCAUAUUUACAUGCAACAGUUCAGUUUGUAACAAAUGGGGACCCUGUUGGAUGGAUCCUACGCACUUUGUUGGUUACUGUUGAUAUUUUAAUCUUAUAUGUAUGUCUGUUUUACUGACUGUUUUAACACCUUGUACAAGCUGAUCGAAUUAAGACAUGAAACCUCAACUGUGAAAUGCCCUAUAUGUAUCUUUCUCUUUCUGCCUAUAUGUUUUUUUUUUGUAUCUGUAAUUAAUUUAUAUUUCACACAUUUCUUCUCUUUUUAACAUUAUUAAAUCCUUCUUCGGCGUCUGUCCUCUAUUACUCAUCAUAUUGGUGAUGCACUGACUUGACUGUAUUGUGUGGUUGUUCUGUUUCCUCAUCUGUUGUGUGUGUGCAGGUGUGUGUGUGUGUAGAGGAUGUGGAAAUAUAUGUCUGACACUGUGGUGUACUCUGAAGCCUUUAAUGGCCACCUUUUAGCUCUCCGGUCUGAUGUUCUGUGUUUUAACAUUUCCUGUGGAUUACUGGGUAAACUCAAGGGUGAGUUAAAUAUAUACUGUCUGUGUUUUCCCCUA